AUGCCCGGCCUCCUCCAGCACGCCGUCACCACCGAGGUGCCCGGCCCCAAGUCACGGGCGGCGGCCAAGCAGCUCGACGCCGUCUUCGACUCGCGCGCCGUCCACUUUGUCGUCGACUACGACCGCAGCGAGGGCAACUACAUUGUCGACGUGGACGGCAAUCGCUUCCUCGACGUCUACUCCCAGAUCGCCUCCAUCCCCGUCGGCUACAACAACUCCACCCUCAUUGAGGCCGCCAAGAGCCCCGACAUGAUCUCCGCCCUUGUCAACCGCCCUGCCCUCGGCAACUUUCCCAGCGCCACCUGGGCCGCCAUCCUGCGCGACGGCCUGCUGCGCGUCGCGCCCCAGGGCCUCGACAAGAUCUUCACCGCCCAGUCCGGCUCCGAGGCCAACGAGCUCGCCUUCAAGGCGGCGUUCAUGCUGCGCCGCCGCCGCGAGCGUGGUGAGGGCGUCGAGUGGUCUGCCGACGAGAUCAACUCGUGCCUGCGCAACGCCAAGCCCGGCUCCCCGGACCUGGCCGUCCUCAGCUUUAAAAACUCCUUCCACGGCCGCGGCUUUGGCAGCCUCUCGUGCACGCGCAGCAAGGCCGUGCACAAACUCGACAUUCCCUCGUUCGACUGGCCCCAGGCCCCCUUCCCGGCCCUAAAGUACCCCCUCGAGGAUCACGUCGAGGCUAACCAGGCCGAGGAGGCCGCCUGCCUCGUCGAGGUCGAGCGCCUCAUUACCGAGUGGUCGUGCCCCGUGGCCGCCCUCAUCGUCGAGCCCAUCCAGUCCGAGGGCGGCGACAACCACGCCUCGCCCGCCUUCUUCCAGGGUCUGCGCGACAUUACACACAAGCACAACGUCGUCUUCAUCGUCGACGAGGUCCAGACCGGCUUCGGCGCUACCGGCACCUUCUGGGGCCACGAGCACUGGAAGCUCACGUCGCCCCCGGACAUGGUCACCUUUUCCAAAAAGGCCCAGACGGCCGGCUACUUUUUUGGCGACGCCAUGCUCGUCCCCGACAAGGCGUACCGCCAGUUCAACACCUGGAUCGGCGACCCAGCGCGCGUGCUCAUGAGCAAGGCCGUCAUUGAGGAGAUUGUGUCGCGGGACCUCGUGCAGCAGACGGCGCGCGUCGGCGACGUUCUGUACGGGGAACUCGAGGCCCUGGCGCGCACGUACCCGGACCACAUCCGCAACCUGCGCGGCAAGGGGCAGGGGACGUACAUUGCCUUUGACACGGUCGACGCGCCCGCGCUCGUCAAGGGGAUGAAGAGCCUGGGCGUGAAUAUCGGGACGUGUGGUGUCUGCACGGUGCGGUUGAGGCCCAUGCUCAUCUUUGAGGAGGCGCACAUUCCCACGCUGGUCGGCGCCUUGGAUAAGGUGCUGAGGCAGUCAUGA